UUUUGCGAUUAGGUUUGUGAGUCUUCUGCUGGCUGACUUUUUCUCCGAAGCCGUCGACCGAGCGCGCAGGGCGCCCAGCUUUUUCAGGGAUGGGCAAAGAUGAACCGGUGCCUUGCUCGGUCAUCGGGUGUAAACCCAGCGAUAGAAAAAGCGUCAAGACCCGGCAUCAGCUGCCUCGAGAUGAGGCCAUGAGGUCUGCUUGGCUGCAGCUCAUUGGCCUGCCAUCCACCGAUGCGCGGAAAAACAUUCGCGUUUGCGGUAGGCACUUCGCACGUUGCGCCUUCCUUUAUGACCCAGAGCUGAUGAAGGGCAUGGACGUCGGCUGGACACGUUUACGCCUGAAGCCAACUGCCCUGCCGACGUUGUUCCUUCCUGUCAGGCAGGCUCAGAUGUGCAGAUGCAUCCGGCCCGCUGUCCUGCACACUGUUGGAACUCAAAAGACUGCCAUUACCACCGCUGCUGCUGCUACGGAAACCACACAAAAGAAGGUGCAGAACAGAAAUACUGCCACGCAGGCCUGCCUCAACGUAUGCGCCCGUAAAGAUAUGGGUACGCAGACUGACACAAGCACACCUCAGUGAUUCAGCAUGCGCCCCUUCAUCGCCACCAUGGAGGCUUGAGCCCACAACACCAGUGCCACAUACGAUGGAAGAGGCAGACAUCGGAAGAACUGUCAUCUGUCACUGCUGCAUUUGAAAGGCGGAUGACAGCUUUCAAAGUGGUCCCCUACUCCAUGUGGAAGUGAUCCCCAAGUGUCAGCGCCCUGUAGAGGCUCGUGCCGUCAGUUCUAUUUUCGGAAGUCAGCAUGGAGGCUUGCAGCUGAAUGCGAUCAAACCGUUCGGUUUCUUGGAGACAAUUCGACACAUCUGUGAAGGUGAGUAUAGUCUUU